CAGGCGGGCAGCGCGGCGGCGCGGCAGGAGGCGAGGGAGCGGAGCCGGGCCGGGGCCGCCCUGCCCCGGGGACGCCGGGCAGGUGUCGGGGUGCCGGGUCCCCCCCGUGCCGCCGAGGAUUAGGCAGUGUGCUGAUCGUGGUGGGAAGGAGACAUCGUUCUCAGCAGAGUGGAGAUCCUGACAACAAGCAUAUGUGGACAGCCACAGACACUCCCCACCACUUCAUCCAUCAACCUUUCUGCAGGGGUAGCUGCAGUGAGCUCACACCAAACAUCCUGCCUUGACUGUGCUUUUGGUAGCUGGAGCCCAAAAAAACAUUCAUGUGAGAUCUGAUGGGGCUUGCUUUGGAUCUGCAGUCCCACUCCAGCAUGGCCUCAGGUGUUGCAGGCGGCUGCAGCAGGCAGCGGUGCCAAGGUCUGGGAAGCCAAUCAGGUCCAGGGCUGCUUCUGUGAGGGGAUGCACAGGGACAACGAUGCCCAUCACACAGGACAACGCAGGGGUCUACCUCCCCCUCCUGUGCCAGUGGCUGCAGAACAGCCGUCGGGAGGGGGCUGAGGGUGCUGAGCAGCAGCUCUGCCGCUCAGCUGUACAGAAGCUGAGUGAGUACAUCCAGCUCAACUUCUCUGUGGAUGAGAGCAAUCUGCAGCCAGGCAGCUGCAGCACUUCGGAUACGGAGAUCUGCACCAUGUACCUGGCCCAGGAGAUGCGGAAAAAUGAAGUUCUUGGGUUGAGCUUUGGGAACAUCCCCGCUCUGGGGGACUAUGGGGAGAAGCGUCGGGGAGGGAAGAAGAGGAAGGGGAAUAAGGGACCAGUGCUUGAUGUUGGGUGCAUCUGGGUGACGGACUUGAAGAAAAACAGCCCAGCUGGGAAGUGCGGGAGAGUGCAUCUUAAGGAUGAAAUCCUGUCUUUGAACGGCCAGCUGAUGGUUGGCGUGGAUGUCACCGGUGCGAGUUACCUGGCCGAGCAGUGCUGGAAUGGCGGCUUCGUCUACCUGAUCAUGUUGCGCCGCAUCAAGCGCAAAGCCCCUCUUCCUCCCUCCAACGGCAACAACAGCAACAGCUGUGACCCCAAAGCCAAGCCCAGCCCAGAACCCAGCGACAGGGCUGCUCAGAAUGGGAAAAGGACCAGGAAGUUUGGGGUCAUCACCAGAACACCAGGCAGCAAGGACAGCAAAGAAAAGCCAGCUCCGGAGCAUGGGAACGGGCACUGCACCCCGAUGGAGGUGGAGGUUACUCAGCCAGAGACCUUGGAAGCAGAAAGCAACGGGGAAGAGCAGAUUCAGGGCACUGGGGGACAGUACCAUUGCCGACUGUCAGAUGGUGGUGUGCCAGACAUAGGUGACCAGUCUGCCCAGCGAGAAGGUUGCCGCAUAUGGAAGAUGCAUAUCCUGAAGGGGACAGACGGGCUGGGAAUCCAGAUAACAGGAGGCAGAGGGUCAAAGCGAUCCCCUCACAGCAUCAUUGUCACCCAUGUAGAAGAAGGAGGCUCUGCACACAGAGAUGGCAGGCUGACGGCAGGUGAUGAGCUCCUCAUGAUCAACGGGCAGUCACUGGUUGGGCUCUCCCACCAGGAUGCUGUGGCUCUUCUUCGCUCAGCUGCUGGCCUGGUGCAGCUGGUGGUCGCUAGCAAGGAAUCUGCUGAAGGGGAUUUUCUGAAGUACCCAUCUACCAGUUUGCCAGACUUGCUUAGCACUUGCUCAGUCCAAGACUCUGUCUCUUGCACUGACAAUAAGGAAAAUGAGGAGCCAGAAGAAGAUGUGAAAAGAGUGAAUGCAUCUCCUGAAAAACCGGUCAUUGUAAUGGAAACUGAGAAGUCUCAAGAUCCAGCUUGUGCAGAAGCGUCCAAAGGAAGCAACCCAAGUCCAAACCUGGGAAGCGGCAUACUGAAAUACAGAAGUCGAUCCCAAGGUGCUGGGUCCCGUUUGGAGUCCGUGGGAGAAGACGAUGAGCUGAUGGUGGAAAAUGGAGAAUCGACUUAUGAAAUAGCAGUGAAAUAUUCCCGAGGUGGAAGAAAACACUCUCUGCCCCAGCAGCUGGAGUCGGCAGGAGCCAGGCAGGACUACCAUAUAGUGAAGAAAUCCACCCGUUCCUUCAGUGCCGCCCAGGUGGAAUCUCCAUGGAGACUGACCCAGCCGUCCAUCAUUUCCAACAUUGUCCUGAUGAAAGGGCAAGGCAAGGGUCUUGGAUUCAGCAUUGUGGGAGGUCAGGAUUCUGCUCGUGGACGCAUGGGGAUUUUUGUGAAGACUAUAUUCCCAAAUGGAGCAGCAGCUGCUGAUGGAAGGCUUAAAGAAGGGGAUGAAAUCCUGGAAGUUAAUGGAGAGUCUCUACAAGGACUGACCCAUCAGGAGGCCAUUCAGAGAUUUAAGCAACUCAAGAAAGGUGUGGUGACCCUGACAGUGCGCACGCGGCUGCGCAGCCCAAGCCUCACACCCUGUGUGACUCCCACCUUGCUGAGCCGCUCCAGCUCCCCCAGCUCCAGUGCUAGUGGUGGCAUGCCAGCCCCUGGUGCCGAUGAGGCAGACGGUUCCUCCUCCAGCCGCAAAGGACCUGGCCCAAAGGACAGGAUUGUCAUGGAUGUGACGCUCAAUAAAGAGCCAGGGGUUGGGCUUGGCAUUGGUGCCUGUUGCCUCACGCUGGAAAACAGUUCUCCAGGGAUAUACAUUCACAGUCUGGCCCCAGGAUCAGUGGCUAAAAUGGAUGGCAGAUUAAGCCGUGGUGACCAGAUCCUGGAGGCAGAUUCAGUGAGCCUGCGUCACGCAGCAUUAAGCGAAGCCUACGCCAUCCUGAGUGAAUGUGGUCCGGGUCCAGUCAGCCUAAUCAUUAGUCGGCAUCCUAACCCAAAGGUUUCUGAGCAGGAGAUGGAUGAAGCAAUCGCACGUACUACCCACCGAGAGAGCAAGGAUUCCAACUCCUCUCACGUCUCAGGAGCUGUACAAAAAAGUCCAUCUCCUAGUGUGAAGGUCAAACAAGGAGAGACCUCAUCUCCCCUCAGCUGGACUAUGAAACGCUUCCUGGAGCCAGCAAGCCGGCAGGGGUCUGUCAGCUCUGAGGCAGAGCUUUCCCAGUACUUCUCGCAUGAUGGUACAAGCCAGCUCCCAUAUUCUGAUGCUGUAACAGGCUCAUGUGAUGAAGAGCAUCUCCGUCAGAAGAACAGAAGCAGUUUGUUGGAUGAUGGUUCUCUUCUUCCUGGCAACCUGACUGCCAGAGAAGCAGGAGUGGGAAAAGCAAAUGGUCCAACUUCUCCUAGUAGUGGGAGAUUGUCGAGUCUUCACAACAAGCAUGUGGAGUCUGUCCGACCAGGCAUCCUCAGUGACAGCCCCAAAUCUGCCCGCAGCCCCUUUCAUCGACAGAGAAGGGUUGUGUUCUAUGAUGGUGAUGUUAGUGAUGAUGACGAAAGUUCCCACUUACAAAGAAGCCAGAGGGCCAAGAGCCAGGAGGAUGCUGGCGUUGUCAUUACAACCUUGUCUGUAGAAAUCGAUGAUGAGAGCCAGGACAGUGGGUCCCCUAGAUAUAGUAGCACAGACACAUCUUCCCCUGUCUUCAGCAAUUCUGUGGAGUCUGCAGACAGCACAUUGGAGCAAAUUGACUCUCCCUUCUUCCCCAUCAUAGCAUUCGAUUACUCAAGUGUGCCUGAAGUUCGUCUUGGCAGCCUGAGUCUGAAAGAGCUCCGGGAAGCACAACUUGAAUCUAAGAGAUCCCCAAAACUUGAGCACAGAGCAGUCACAAGAGUGAAAAGCAUGAUGAGCACUGAGUGCAGAAGCCUUCAGAGGCAGAGGAUGGAGGAGCAUGGCUCUUAUAACAAGCCUGUUGCAAGAAUGCUCCCUCACAGCAAGAAGUGUGAAGCACCAGACGGAGCUGGGCAGGGCCAAGGUGAAAUAGUCACCUUGGUUCGCAAUGAGCACGAGUCAUUUGGCCUGGAUUUGGAAAUCCAGGCCAUGCCUUUAAAGGUUGUUGUCACAGGCCUGCGGCCAGGUGGAGCAGCAGAAAUGGGAUCAAUGGGCAAGAUGGCUGUAGGAGAUGAGAUUACCACCAUCAACAGUAUCCCAGUCAGUAAGAUGACGUACGAAGAAAUCUGCAUGCUUAUGCAGUGUCUUCCCACGUCUGUAACCCUGGAGAUCCAGAAAGUAACACCAGCUGUCAGCAGAUUUACAAACCUCAUCCUGUCUCCGGGGAUAGACAGUCAAAAUCAAGCCGACGUCAACAGCAUCCUCGCAACUGAGGAAGAGCCGAGUGCUGGGAAGCGAGGAGCAGCAGGUUUGCAAAGCGCUGGCUGUGCAGUGGAGAGAACAACAGUGCCACCUGAUGCCACGAGCAGAGACGUGCAGAGAUGUACCAUGGAAAGCAGCCGCCCCGAGGGCUGCGCUGCCGUCCCCGUCACCGAUAUCGAUGACCUGGUCAGCCGGAUGGGUGCUCCCGAGAGCAGGGCUUCACGCACCCCAUCGCGAGCGGAAAGCCCCUUCCGAGAGGAGUACACGACGAUGUGCUGCUGUGGGACCGACGAAGGCUGUCCGGGUUCUGAGCCACGAGCGGCCAAGGAGGAGCUGCAGGAAAAAACUGUGAAUUGUGGAGCUAACGCACAAGGGGUUUUGGGGCUGUCUGUGUUGGACACCAUUAACACAGGCAAACUUUUUACUGUGAAUAAAAACUCAUUAAAUAACUAUUCUAGAAAUUACAGCAGCUUAAAUGAGGAUGAGCUGUCUGCAGCAAACGCUCCGGAAGGAAAGAGAAGUGAAUCAUUUCCAAAGUCCAUGUAUGGGGCUGCAGACGAUUCUCACUCAGACACAGAGUCUGUCACAGAAGCCUUUGAUAGUGCUAAUGAGGUGUUGCUUGGGGCCUGCACUACUGCUGCUGCUAACACCUCUGCAGUCUGUACUGUAAUUGAGUCGGAUGAGGAGCAGAUUGAGAUUUGUUGCAUGAACAAUGAGCCUCAAAAUCCCACACAGGAGCAGCAUCUGUCAUCUGGAAGACAAUCAUCCUCUGUGUCUGCGCUGGACCCUUACACCAGCAAGGGUUUGCAAACUGAGGGCUGCGCAAUGUGUGGGUCACUGGAGACAAGCAUCAACAAACUAAGCUUGGAAGAUCACGGUGGUUCCACUCUGUGUCCUUCACAGUGUUCAGAUGUAUCUUCUACAUCCUUGUGUCCUCCUGCCUCAGUUUUCCUGCCAGAAAAAAACAUCCUAAAGAAUUCAGUCAAUAUCCCUGAAGUUUACUCUUUCUGUAACAACGGUGCCUUAAGUACAGAACAACAGAUGGGUUUGGGAAACAGUAACAGACGUAUGAAAUGCUGUGAAACCAUUGAAGAGGAAGGGUCUCUGCACUGCAAAAAGAUAAGCUUCUGCUCUGCUAGGAAUGUUAGUGGCUUGGAGAACAACUUGCUUGAGAAAGAAGGGUAUCAUGAUGAGCAGAGAUCCAAAUCUGAAAGUGAAACGGUGGUUGAUGACUGUAAUCAUGCUGUCAGUUAUUGCUUAGUGAAGAAAGAAGCCAACAGUUUGUCCAACUUGUGCAAAACAGACAGCAAUCAUGUGAAUGCGUCAUCAUCAAGAACAUUAUCUCUCAGGUCUCCUUUUCCCACUAAAUCUAAAGAUCCAAAGGCUAAUACAACUCAUGAUUUGCCGGGGAAAAAUGAGAAAACUAACUCUGUGACUUCAGGAAGGACUUCAAAUGGAAAAGUCCAAAGCUCAGGCACAAAUCACUGCAAAGGAGCUGCAGUACCGCACAGCCCAUCCUCACAGAAGAAAUCCUGUCAGGAAUCUAAAGGAAUGGCACAAAGAAGUAUAAUGGACACUCUUUUAAAUAAUCAGAAAGCCAAAGCAGGACCAAAGCUAAAAGGGUUCACCAUCAAAGGCAAAGCAAAGGCAAAUUCAGAUUCUUCUGGCAUUAGUCCUACCAAAGUCAGUGGGGUCAGUGGGGCUGAUCAGAAAAGGGCUUCUGUUUCUCCACAGCUGUCCCCCAAACUCAUGGGGAAGAAAACACCAUUGUCCCGUAGUUCACCUACAAACCCAGAUCCUGGCAAGAGUAUUUCAGCAGCCUCAAGGGCUCUGAAGUCAGAGCUAGAAAAUAAACCAUCUUUGGUCAUUUCUGAGGACUCACUUCUGCCUCUCCUGAAUGGCACCAGCAGCCCUAAAGCAUGCAGUGAAAUGAAAUGUGGCUCUGGGGAGCUACCAGACCUGCAACAGGCAUGGGGAAAUCUAAAAGAAAAACAAGUUUCCAUGCAGCCUGCGAUGUGUCAGGGCAAGGGUGCUAAGGUGGAUGAUUUCAGAGCCAGAGACAGUCAGUCCAAAGUCACUCCAUCUCGUCAGGGGAUACCAAAAGUUGAAUGUAUGAAAGGGAGGACUGAGAACCCUGGAACAGGCCUGAAUGCAAUCAAGAGCAUCUAUAGUGCAGAUGACCUUAGGCAAUUAGAUCUGCAAAAUGUAGGACCAUCUGCUUCAUCCAGGUCCCCCUCAGUUCAGCAGGAACAGCUGGAAGGACAAGAGAUCCAGCGGACUUUCAUUGAGGUGAAGCUUUCCUCCUCAACAUCAUCCUCUUCCUCCUCUUCCUCUGCCUCUUCCUCACCAGCAUCAUUUUUACAGCUGCCGUUGCUGGAGAAAACAGAAGAGGCGAACACAGAAGUGCCUCGUCUGGCUGAGGAAAUGGGGACCAUGCAGUAUUUCUCAAAAGCAGAUACUGCCGGGGACAAAAGUCUCUAUGGCUUGUCAAAGCCUGUGACAAGGACUUACUCAAUGCCAGCCCAGUUAUCAGGUCACUUGAGAGAGGAAUGCCAUAUUGCAGAGGUUAACCCUGUACAAGGCCCCCAGAGCCAAGCUGCAAAUGAGAAAUACCCCCAGGCAGCAACAGGGAUGUUAAAGACGGUCCAUCUGAACCUUCAAAAUGGCCAGAAGGAGCAGGCAUAUACCCCCAAGAGCACCCAGAGGGUCCAUGACACAUCCCCCUCAGCCAGUGACAUUAGUUGCCCCACUAUUGAUAAGCUGAGAAGCUUCAGGAGGAAUUACUACUACUAUGAGCUGAACUGGCCGCAUGAACCUAUCUCAUCCUUCUCUGUCAAACAGAGGAUCAAAUCCUUUGAAAACCUGGCAAAUUUCGACCGGCCCAUCGUGAAGGCCAUCGAUAUACACUCGGCCGUGAGGUCCCCUCUUGCCAGGAGGUCGUGUGGUGGGAUGGUGCCCACAGCCACUCCUGCAGAGGCACCACGGGCUUUGCGGCGCAGCUUGAGCUCCUACGGCGGCAGCCCAAGCCCUGCCAACACCAUGGCCAAGGCCCCCUCCAGCGCAGAGCCCAUGCGUGUGGCAGAACGCGGUGGGGCGGAAGGAAGGCCCCAGAGGAGCGAGGAUGGUGGCACUGGGGCAGACACAGCCUCCACCUCACAGGCACGCCGCAGCCGGGGCCUGGGGCGUCCGCCGCUGUCCCGCUCCAGGCUGCGGGAGUUGAGGGCCCUCAGCAUGCCCGACCUGGACAAGCUGUGUGAAGACUUCUCUGGGCCAUCACAGCCUGCUUGCUUCAAGACAGAGCUGGAGAUCACCCCCCGCAGAGCCCUUGGUGUGCCUGCCAUGGGUGACACAGCCCCGCCAGCCCGUGGUGGUCCCAGGAUGGGAACGGGUGCCAACAGCCCUCAGGACAGCGGCUCGGGGACAUCGGAUGAUGACAUGCCCCAGUGCAGGUCUCCGGAUGGGGAGUGCUCUGAAAACAGUUGGUCCAUCAGCUUGGAUCAGCUGCUUGUCUCAACCCUGGACCAGCAAAAACUGCAGUCUGUUUUGUCAGUUGUAGUACCAAAAUGUGACAUUGCUGCUAUGCUCCAAGUCGUCAAAGCACAAGUAAAGAGCAAAGAAGACACAUACUUUGUAGUCUUGCACAAAGAAGAAGGAGCUGGCCUGGGAUUUAGUGUUGCUGGAGGAACAGAUCUGGAACAGAAAUCGAUCACAGUCCACAGAGUGUUUUCAAAGGGAGUGGCAUCUCAAGAAGGGACUAUCCAUCGAGGAGAUCUUGUUCUGUCAAUCAACGGCAAGUCUCUUGAGAACUCAGUCCACGGGGAUGUCCUGACUACUCUUCAUCAGGCAAGACUGUACAGAUAUGCGGUCAUUGUCAUCCAAAAGGAAAAAGACAAAGCAAACAAUCCCUCCAGACUUGAGAUAUCAGCUACUGGCAGAAAAUGUGGGGGGUCUGGAAAGGACGUUUCCAUGGAAAUGGGAACAGAUCCAAACCUGGAUAUGAAUGAUGUCAUCUGCGUUGAAUUACUGAAAACCUCUGCUGGCUUGGGAUUCAGUCUUGAUGGUGGAAAAGCUUCCAUUGCUGGAGAUAGGCCCUUGCUUGUGAAAAGAAUAUUUAAAGGUGGUGCUGCGGAGCAGUCUGGAAGCAUAGAAAGUGGAGACGAAAUUCUUGCUGUUAGUGGAAAAUCAUUGCUUGGUCUCAUGCAUUACGAUGCCUGGAACAUUAUUAAAUCUGUGCCAGAGGGCCCUGUUCAGUUACUAAUAAGAAAACACAGAACUUCAGUGUGAUAGAACAUCUGAUCACACUUGCUAAGACAAAACAUUUAAACCUGGCUAGAAGCUGUCUUUGUUUCUAAAGCCACACAGAAGUGUCUUAAUGCUCUACAGAGAGGUGCUAAGAGCCCUGGAGAACCACUGAGCAAGCAUGUGAUGAGCAUCAUAAAAUCUCACCUAAUUAUCGAGGAUGAAGGAAACCAAAUGUUAAGAGACAUUUUUGUAUUAUGUGGCAGUUUUAAUGAAACUUCAAGACCUCUCCUGGGUUUGAUUUAAAGUAUUUUAAUCACAAUAAAUAACACUGUGCCUGUCCCUGAUAUUUUAGUAUCUGCAGAGCGUUGGGAGUAUAACUUGUUGGUUGCCAUCCUGUUGACAAGGAUGAGUAUUUAGCCUGUACUAUAGCUGUAAUAAGACUUCAGGAUACUUACCUAGGGUUUGGUCCUUUUUUUGUUGUAAUAAGAGAAUGUCUGGAACAAUCUCACUUUAUUCUUCUAAGUGCAGUUUUGCUAAGAAUGCAUGACAAAAGAGUAUAAUUUUGCACAACUUUUAUGCCUAAAAAAUGAGCAUUUUAUUGCAAAGCUGAAAAAUCCUUUUAAAACCAAUCUACUAACUCAGCAUCCACUACAACUGAAUCUGCUCUUAGAUGAAGCUUGUAUCUGAAAGCACUUGGCAUUGAUGCAGUAGAAAUUUGUGAGCAAGAAAAUCAUGUCCAAAUGAUAGGUGAUUGUCCACAAAGGGGUAGACUGAGAUGUUAGUUGUGAUUAAAAUGAGAGCGACAAGAAUUGGGGCCUGAGUUGUCAAAUUUAGGCUUUUAAUGUUAAGCACCUUGAAAAUACAUAUAUUUUUAAAAGAGAGAGAAUUUCAAUUGCAGAGCACUUGUACAUCCCACAGACUUCAGCUACAGCUAAGUAUGUCACAAAGCCAGGCUGCUUUUUUUUGGCAGCAAGAGAAUUGAGGCUGCCUGACUUGAAAGACUCAGGCUGGAGAAUGGCAGUCUAGUAACGGGGAUUAUAACAGAUUAAAUCUGAGCUGGUUGUAUUUGUGGCUUUUAAUUGCUCUUUUUUGUUUUCUCCUGUCCAAUACCUAUUUUUUUGCUAGUGUGAAACUGGGCAAGGAAGUUUAUGGAACAUACAAGUGUGCCCACCUGCAUCAGGAAUGGGCUGAUGCCUGAGGCUUCUGGGUGAUGAAACUGAAAACUGUUUGUGUAGAUGGGAGAAACCAUGAGGUUAGAUAACAACAAAACUGAAAGGGUUGCUGUGCUAUGGAUGCUUACUUUGGAUUUUCUCACCUCUACUAGACAGCAGAGGUUUCAGUAGCAAGCCAUGCUACUGUUACUUAUAGUUUGCUGUGUUGGGAGGAAGGUGUAUGGUGCAAGAGAUUAGACUCUGUUAUUUCUCUUUCUACAUCUGGGAUAGCUAAACAACAUAAAAGAAAUGCAGGAGGAAAUGGGCCAGUGUCCUUAUCAGCUGAGAACAAGUUGUUUGUUCCAGAGUGCUCAGGUUGUUUGUAGUGGUAGGCUGGAGACUGCCUGCAGCCAACAUGCCCAGCAUGAAGAGCUUUCAGCCUGAAACCAGUCCAAAUCUGACAUGCUGCCUACAUUUAUAGUGAGCCAAGACACUAUGUAGCUGUUACAAAAAGGUCUGGGCUUGUUGCUUGGCCCUACCCCAAGACCAUACUAUAGUUCAUAGAAUCAUAGAACAGUUAGGGUUGGAAAGGACCUUAAGAUCAUCUAGUUCCAACCCCCCUGCCAUGGGCAGGGACACCUCAAACUAAACCAUAUCACCCAAGGCUUCGUCCAACCUGGCCUUGAUCAGUUUUACAUUCAUUCCACAGUGAGUACUUGGAGCAUAUGCUCCCAGGUUACUGGAGCUCUCACUUUGGUUCAUUUCUGUGACAGCUUCAUUAGCCUGCAACUCAUGAUGUGCAGAGGAAAAUUCAGUUCUGUAAGGCAACCAGGUGAGCAAAAAAGCUGUGCAGUGUUUGCCUAAAAAUGAGCAGAUUAAAUUCUUUUUCAGUGACAUAUUAGCAUGUGAAUCCAGGAAGAGAUGCCACUUUUGGUUACAGGAAAGGGAAUACUGUACAUAGUAGUACUGCUUUGCCUGCAGGAUUUCUGUUAAAACUAAUUCAGGUUAAGUGCUGUGAAAUGACUCUGGAGUUGGGUCCCCUGUGACCCCAAAGCUCAGACACUCUGUCAGGACUGGUCCUUGCCUCUGGUCACCUUUGUGGCAGGAGAAGCUUCAGGAGGAUGCAGCACUUGGGGUCAGAGGAUCACACUGAGGUUGCAGGCCUGCACUGGGAUAAGAAAGGUUACCCCUGCAUAUUUGCUGAAAACAAGAAGACAUUUGGCAAUGACAAUUAAAUGGUGAGGCCUUGUUCAGGAGUGACCAAAAUCUGACUGUAAUAGCGUGUAUAAUAGAUACAUAAAAUGCAUGUGGAAUUUAAUGCAGCGUAGUGAGUACAUACCUGUAUACGUAUAAUACGUACAAGUGCAGUACUGACUUUUUGCUACUUUAAUGUGGUAAAUCACAAUUGUGUUUUAGGAAAUGGGUUGGGUUUUUUUUUGUUGGUUUUUUUUUCAGUCCACUGUUUAACAUUUUGGAGGUUCCAACAUAGGGAGGUGUAUGUCUCCCUCACUCAUAAACUGGUGUAGCUCAAAGGUAAAGUCUUCAUUUUGUAAAUUAAGCUCAAUUUGAGGUGUCCUAAGAUGAUACGUGGUGAGUAUUUUCAGAUGCUUAUUUGCAGGUACUGUUCAUUGUGAGUGAUUUAGAAGGUUUUCAUUUUUCAGUAAUCAAGUACUGUUCAGUAUUUUAUUUUACAUGCACGUAGAUAUGUGUUGGCUGAGUAACAGCAAGGAAAAGCGGGGAUUUUUUUGUGUGUGAUUCAGUAGUGGGUAUAAUUUAAAAGAUAGGUUCAAUAUUUUAAGUCUGAUAGUUACUGUGGGGUAGAACGAUACACUACUAACAUUAGAGCAAGAAAAAGAAUAGUAUUUAACCCUGUUUCUGUUCCUGAAAAUACUUUGUGUGUGUGUGUGUGUGUAAAAGAACCAAAAACAUCUUUACAGAUGCUAGCAGUGUUGAUACAAUUACAGUAGCAUUUCCUGAUGUCUUUGUGGGAGGGACCUUCCCCAUAAGGCCCCAGGAAUUGUGCAAUAUGGGUGUCUGGUUAGACCAAACAGAUGUAGUGAACCUCCAGUUAUGCACCUGGCAAAGUCAAUGUUAUUUUUCUGAGAGCCUGGUUGCACUAAGAUGACAGAGGGCGUUGCAUUAGUUCAUCAGUAUUCAGUAGGUUCAUGAGCAUUUUUGGCCCUGGUGUUUGUAUAUCAGUCCCCACGGUGAUGCUUUUCCAUGCCGGAGGGUUGGCCAAGCUCUAGGAGAGUGUUGACUCUACAGAGAUUGCAGCUGCAUCUUGGAAGACCAAAAAAUCAGGAUGAAGUUAUGCACUUGAUUCACAACUCUACGAGGGACCUGAAGGCAUUCAGAUAAGGUGAAUUUGCUCUUAGAUGGAGGAGGUCUGGUGGACGGCUUUGUCAUUCCCAGGCCUGGGGCAGCUCAGAGCGUGCAUCCUGGAUAUGAGAGUGGGCUCUGGUGUGAUACUGCCAUUGCAUAUUCUGCAGCCUUUCGUACCUGGAAGUUCUGUCUGGGUUCUGUGGGGACCGCAUCUGAAUUAAAAACUGUGAGAUUAGGCCUGAAUUAGGGAGAGAACAACAUCUGAGUACUUUCUUGCUAAAAAAAUGAUACGAGUUCGGAUAAGUAUUAAGAAGCCUGUUAAGUGAUUCGUAUUUUCUAAUGACCUUCGCUUAAAAUUAACUCUAGUUAAUUUUAAUAGUUCUGCAGUGGUUCUUGUCAAAAUCUGAAUGAACUGCGUGCAGAUGGGGAUAUUUACCUGCUUCUAUGUUUAGGGUAUGUAAAUGUACAAGUGGAAAUAUUGAUGAGCAGUAGACUAGACCAUGUGAGAAAUGGGGAUCCCACUGUACUUGGUUUUUGUGUGUUAGGCUGAUACACUUAUUGUAUGAUACUGUAUAUUUACACUUUUAUUUAUAUAAAUAAAACUUCUUAAUGAGAACUGUUUAAUAUGCCUUGUAUAUUAUAAAAAAGUGAGUGCAAUAACAUGAAAUAGAUUGUACAUUUUUCAAUUUGCUGUCUCUGUUAUGUAAAUCUGUAUCUCCAUAAACUGUUUUGUUUGGGUUUUUUAGUGAUUUUGAAAAUAAAUGGUAUCCUUAGUACUCCUCUA